AUGACUCAUAUCGUGCCACAAUUGAAAGACAAGACUUUGUUCAUUGGAAAAUGCCAUGUCAACGCUGAAUGGGUUGGGGCUCAAUCAGGAAAGACCUUUGAGGUCACUGAUCCAGCCACCGAGAAGGUCAUCGGAACAUGUCCAGAAUUCAGCGCACAAGAUACCGAGAGAGCCAUCAAGGCAGCCUCAGACGCUUUUCCGGCCUUUCGCAAGACGCCAGUACGCGAAAGGUCUCGAUUGCUGAGGCGUUGGAAUGACCUCAUCCUGCAAAACGUGGACGACUUGGCGACUUUAAUAACCUGGGAGAAUGGGAAACCAUUUUCAGAGGCCCAAGGCGAAGUCAAAUAUGCCGCAGCUUUCAUUGAAUGGUUUAGUGAGGAGGCCCCUCGGUUGUAUGCUGAUACGAUUCCUACAUCCGUUCCGGGUAACCGGGUUUUCACAAUUAAGGAACCUCUGGGUGUCUGUGGCUUGAUCACUCCGUGGAACUUCCCUGCUGCUAUGAUCACCCGUAAGAUCGGCCCGGCAUUGGCCGCUGGCUGCACGGUUGUUGCGAAAAGCCCCGGGGAGACUCCAUUUACUGCCAAUGCCCUCAUGGAACUAGCUUUUAGAGCGGGUAUUCCUAAGGGUGUGAUAAAUGUCGUGACUGCGCUAGAGAAUACUUCUGAGGUCGGCCACACUCUCACCACUCACCCGGAUAUUAAAAAGGUCUCGUUUACGGGCUCGACCCGUGUGGGUAAACUCCUAAUGAGUCAGGCUUCUUCCAGUGUGAAGCGAGUGUCUUGGGAACUUGGCGGCAAUGCUCCAUUCAUUGUCUUUGAUGACGUGGAAGAUAUCGAUCUCGCAGUCACUGGCGCUCUUACGUCGAAGUUUCGAGGUACAGGACAAACCUGCGUCUGUGCCAAUCGAAUCUAUGUCCACAGAUCCAAAUAUGAAGCCUUUGCGGAGCUUCUUGUCAAGCGAAUUAAGAACUUCAAAGUAGGAGCUGGAUUCGCCGAGGGUGUUACCCAUGGGCCUCUUAUCCAUCUCGCAGCCGCACAAAAAGUUGCUGACCACGUUGCGGAUGCUAAAUCCAAAGGUGCUCGUAUCCUUUUGGGUGGGAGCCCAAUCAAUGACCUAGGACGCAACUUCUUUCAGCCUACAGUCUUGGCUAACAUGACCCAUGAUAUGCGCAUUGCCUCUGAAGAAACUUUUGGGCCUAUAGCAGCCCUAUUCCCUUUCGAUACUGAGGAAGAGGUAAUCCAGCUAGCCAACCGCUGUGAGGUUGGCCUAGCGGCGUAUAUAUUCAGUGAUAAUAUCAGGAGAGUUUUCCGCGUAGCGGAAUCCCUCGAGGUUGGUAUGGUGGGUGUUAAUACUGGAUCUGUCAGUGAUGUCGCUGCUCCAUUUGGCGGCGUGAAAGAGAGCGGAUUUGGUCGCGAAGGAAGCAAAUAUGGAAUCGAGGAAUUUGUGAAUGUCAAGAGCAUCACCUUGGGUGGAAUAUUCUAA